AUGUCGCGUAUUCCGCUCCCCUCUCGUCAAGAGGAUCAAUCUCCUAGCCCCUUGCAGACCUCUACCAACCUCCCACGCUCCAACACCAUGUCCACCAUGAGCGGCGCCGGCAGCGCCUUUGCUACCGACACGCGCAAGCGCCAGUCGAAGCGCGACGAGGCCAUCCGCAAGAAGAUCGAAGGCGAGCUCCAGCGCAAGUCGGGCAAGCCUUCCACUCCCAUGUCCUCCCGACGAUCCAAGCGCACCACGAGGCCCCCUGCUGCUGCCGCCGGAACGGUCUCCGCGCUUCGACCUCUGCCCGCGCUGACGGUCCCACAGUCGAUCAGCGUCGCUGAUGCCAGUCAGCUGUGUGCAGCCAAGCGCACCGACUGCGUACUCGUCGUCGAUGAGGAUGAGCACCUCGCCGGUAUCUUUACCGCCAAGGAUCUGGCCUUCCGCGUCGUCUCUGCUGGUCUGGACGCACGCAACACGCCUGUUUCGGCUAUCAUGACCCGCUCACCCAUGGUCACCCGCGACACCACCUCGGCCACCGAGGCGCUCAACACCAUGGUCACCCGCGGAUUCCGUCACUUGCCCGUCUGCAACGAGGAUGGCGAUGUCGUCGGUCUGCUCGACAUCGCCAAGGUCUUCUACGAAGCCCUCGAGAAGCUCGAGCGCGCGCACGGCUCGUCCCAGAAGCUUUACAACGCUCUCGAAGGUGUUCAGAGCGAGUGGGGCGGCUCUGCCGGUCCUCAACAGGCCAUGCUGUCGUACAUCGAAGCGCUGCGACAGAAGAUGAGCAUUCCCGAUCUUUCUUCCAUCCUCGACUCACGAACGCUCCCCUGCUGUGUCGGUGUCCGCACCACCGUCCGCGAGGCAGCAAAGCUCAUGAAGGAGCACCACACCACCGCCGUCUGUGUCAUGGAGUCGACCGGCUCCGGUCCAGGUCAAUUCGGUGGCGCCGGCGCGGUUUCCGGCAAGAUCGCCGGCAUCUUCACCUCCAAAGAUGUCGUCCUCCGUGUCAUCGCUGCCGGUCUUGACCCCAAGACGUGCUCCGUCGUCCGCGUCAUGACUCCUCACCCCGACACCGCCCCUCCUUCCCUCACAAUCCAAGAGGCGCUGCGCAAGAUGCACGACGGACGCUACCUCAACCUCCCCGUCGUCGACGUCGACAGCCGGCUCGUCGGCAUCGUCGACGUUCUCAAGCUCACCUACGCGACGCUCGAGCAGAUCAACAGCAUGAACGACGAGCAAGCUGGAGCCGACGGAGCCGCUGGUGGACCCAUGUGGAACCGCUUUUGGAACUCGUUCGGUCAAACGACCUCUACGACGGGCGAUGACGAGUCCGCCGUAUCCGGCAGUCACCGUCCCUCGGAAUCCCAAUUCGAGCCACCUACGCCCAGCAAGAUCAACGGUAACCCGAUGGACGUCGCCUCGGACCUCUACCCGAACGACUCGGCCAGUGCGGUCGGCCAACCGGUCAACGGCGAUGACGGGGCGAGCGCUGUCGGUGUCCCUUCCUCCGCGGCCGUUGAGGCGGAUGACGGAACGUAUCUGUUCAAAUUCGUCACACCGUCCGGAAGGACGCAUCGCUUCCAAGCCCGCUACGACAGUUACGAGACCAUCCGCGAGAUUGUGUGCAUCAAACUCGGCGGUGAUCCGUUCUUCGACCCCGCUCCCUCGGUUGCAGCGUACGACAUUGGCGAAGCCAACGGGGACGCAGUCCCCACCACACCCGCAGCCGAAAUUCCGGAUCCAAACGACUUCCAACUGUCCUACACGGACGACGAGGACGAUGUAGUGCUGAUCACCGCCGACGGGGAUGUGCAGGAUUCGGUCAAGACCGCACGCAAGCAAGGGCGGGAUCGGGUCGUGCUGCAACUGCAAGGUGGACGAGGAUGGUCGGGGGCUACGCGCACCACGUCUGCGGUGCCGGCGAAGAAGCGCCCCUCUGCAGAAGCCCAACUGCCCAGCCUCGCCGAGGAGGAGGAGAAGGACGCCCACGUCGACGACGAGCCCCACAAGAGCAGCAGCAAGAAGAAGCGCGAUGAAGAGCUGCUCUUCGGCGUACUCCCGAAGGAUCUCGCGCUGCCGGCGGCCAUCGGGUUCUUGGGCGUAGCAGUGCUCGCUGCUGUGGCGAUUACAAAGAGCGGCGCCAGCAACAAUCAUUAA